AUGACGAAGCUGGACAACGCACCAUCAGGUCCGACAAUGGGUCUAAUAAAGCGCUUUAUCUUGAACAACGGAUUCGGCACCACGGCUCUGGCAUUGGCUAGAUCAUCCGUAACAGGAAGAGGCAGUAGACGCGGUGCAUCGGUCGGAUCACUGGGUUUAACUGGAGACUUUUCGUGUUCCGCCAUUUUGUGUGGUUUGGGUGUCGCUAAGGCUCAUUCGACUGUAGCGCCUGACCGCCUGAAGUCCCUUGCGAAAAAUCCACGGCAAGCACACGCCAACUGGGACAUGCUGCGGCACCACGUGGUCGAUCGAUUUCACCGAAAACCCUCCGACAGUCUGAUUGGUCAGCUGUUGAUCAUCGCAAGUGCGGCGCAAGCCCGAGUAGUUGAGUUGGCCGAAAAGCGUGGCCCUUUUUACGGGGGCUUCAGACGACAACAAUAA